AUGCCAGCUGUGGACUUCCGUUUUCGCGACGUGCGCUAUAGCGUCGAGGUUUCCAAGACGAAGGCGUCUCUGAUGGGUGGGAAGGCCGGGGUGAAGCACAUCCUGAGGGGGGUCAGCGGAGCGGUGGAGUCCGGGCAGAUCUUGGCCAUCAUCGGCCCUAGCGGAGCGGGCAAGACGUCUCUGCUCGAUGUGCUGGUCGGAAAGAUAUCGGCCGGCACGAAAGGGCUGGACGUCACGGGCGAUAUAACCGUUAACGGCAAGGUUAUGUCCAAGUCCUUCUUCUUGGAAAACGCCGCUUACGUUCCUCAGGAAGACCGCCUGUGGAGUGCCCUCACUGUUCGGGAAAAUCUGACGUUCGCGUGCAAGAUGUACAGCCCGAUGAUGUCUCGAGAAGAGUGCAACAAGCGCGUGGGCAAGGUGCUCGCCAGAUUGGGCCUCGAGGGGUGCCAGCACACUAAGGUGGUCGGAAACGUUUUCCUUAGAGGAACGUCCGGGGGCCAGAAACGGCGCACUUCGAUUGGCGUCGAGCUCGUCUUCCAGCGCAAGAUACUCUUUCUCGACGAACCGACGUCUGGUCUGGAUGCCGCUUCUGCCUCCGAGAUCAUGGACCUGCUCAGUGGCCUGGCGUCAGACACGGGAAUGAUCAUCAUCUCCAGCGUGCACCAACCGUCCAGUCGCGUCUUCAACAGUUUCGACCAGGUGAUUCUGUUGACGAUGGGGCAGACGGCUUACUUCGGGCCGGCGGUGGAUAGCCUCGACCACUUCGCGCGCUUGGGGCACGAGCCGAAGGGUCUCGUCAACCCCGCAGACUACCUUCUCGAGAUCACUAACUCCGACUUCAGCGACACAAAUGCCGUGCAGCGAUUGGCCGAUGCAUGGAAGGAGACACCGGCGUGUCAAGUGCUAGAUGCCCGUCUUCACGCACCCGCCUCUCCGCCACUGGCAGAGGGAUCGAAGGCCAGCUGGCUCUCAGCUCUCCUGCAGCUCCGCGCGCUGGUCGUUAGGGCCUGGAUGAACAGCCUGAGGGACCCCGCCGUCUAUGCUCUAAGCUACUACCGGGUGGAAAACACGCAGGAGGACAUCCUCAACCGGGUAUUUCUAAUCAUCUGGAUAAAUGCCUUCAACUCGUCCCCCGGAAUCUGCAAAAAACAUACGGAUUGUUUUCCGAAAUACGUUCUCGAUCCAACGCUUCCCCUACAUCGUACCCUUGUCACGUUACCCCAACAGAACGGGCAGUACGCGGUGGCGAGCUUCUGCAUCGCCAACGCGGUGGUCCAGGCACCCUUCGUACUCCUGAUCGCAUUGUGCUGUAGCACGCCCGCGUAUUGGAUCACUGACAUGAACGACGACCCCGUGAGGUAUCUCCAGUUCGUCGUGCUGAUGUUUCUCCUGCUGUUCGUCGUUGAAAGCCUGGCCCAGGUUGUUGGAGUCUUGGUCAAGGAUCAUCUGAAGGCUUUUCGACCUGGGGGGAGGUACUCGUGGGAGGCGAUGGUGAAGAUCGUUUUCGACGGCCAGACCUACGAAGGGUUUGAUUCUUGUGUCACUUGCUUCGGCAGGACCGGAGAGCAGGCAAGCACGACUUGUAGCUAUCGCUUUUGUCAAGACUCGCUCAGCAACGGUGGAAUAAACUAUAACGACGUGAGCAUCGCGGCGUGGUGCUGCACGCUGGUGGGAUUGUCCCUUGUAUGGAGGGUGGUCCACUACGUCGCCCUCAAGCACGUUGGGAACGUGGAACUAGGAAAGGAGUUCACUGAGGACGUGGUUGAGGCGUGUGUGAACAAGCUGAAGUGCCACAAAGCAGCAGGAGCGGAUGGGAUAGUCAACGAGUUCAUGAAGUUUGGGGGGAAGGGGAUGAUCCAGCUGAUGAUGAAAGCAGCGAAAAUCAUCCUUGGACGCUCCAAGCGCAUAAGUAAUGCAUCCGUCAGGGCAGAAUUGGGGAUCCAAUCCCUACGGUCGGGAAGAGACGCGAGGAAGCUGACCUGGCAGUAUCGCAUGUGCGGGAUGGGAGAGGAGAGGUUGCCGAGAAUUGUAUGGGAGGCGAAGUGGGCAAACAAAAAGAGGGGUAGACAACCCACGGAAUGGGUCAAGGUUGUAGAGGACGUAUGGAAGGGGCUCGACAUCGACGAAGAUGAAACGCUGGAAACGGAGGGUCUACAGGGGUUCAAGGAGAAGAUAUCUGUUGCUUGUGCCGAGAGAGAAGAACAGAAUCUGAGGAAAGAAUCCAAGGAUAAGGAGGGUCUAGAAGUGUACGGAAUGUUGAAGGAAGGAAUAGGGUUCAAGGACUACCUACAUGGACCAAUGGAUGCAAGAACAAAGCUCAAUGUCGAAUUUAGGACCGGGGACAUAGGCCUUCGAGAACGUCGACGAAGACAUAGGACGGUAGACGAGGAAGACGACGAGUUCAAAUGUGAUUGCGGCUUCGAAUGCGAAGACCGUGUUCAUGUAGUCGCGGAAUGUCCGUUGUACAAGAAGGAGAGGGAAGUGUACGUGACUGAGCUGGGAAAAAUAGAUGGGACGUACAGGGAGAUAUUUGAGGCAUGCAACAGAGAGGAAAGGACGGUGGCUGUAGUGGGGCAUAGGAGGUGGGUUUGA